AUCAUUUUUCUUGUUUCAGAUUCUCAUGAUGACUCACAAAGGCUUUGCGUUCACUCAGAAGGAGAUUUUGUGAAGCAAGGAAAUAUUCUUCCUGUUGGAAGUCUGUUAGAUAAUAACACAACUCAGAUAUGUCCGAAAUCAACAGACUUUUGUUUCAUUCUUUGGCAAGAGCAUCCAAAAAACAAAAGCGUGGUUAUUUUACAUCAAGGUUGUUGGGAAAGCACUGAUGUUUCAUGUAAACAUAAUGAAUGCAUUGCUCUAAAAAAACCUAGCAAAGCUCGAAAUUACACCAAAUUCUGUUGCUGUGAUGGCAACUUUUGCAACAUUAAUAUUACAGAUGGCUAUCUCAAAGUUUUUGAUCCUCCAGAACCAGAUUUUGCUCCUGUGGAUCACAUGCCAUAUACAAUGCAGAUCGUCAUUGCUGCUAUUGUCUUAAUUGUAUGUGUAAUGUUUGCUAUCAUUACAUGCUUCCUUACACGCAUUUACUGUUCCACACCCAAAAGAAGCAAUGAGUCACUCCAUCUCAUGGAAGCACCUCCUCCAUUGCCAUCCAAUUUUGACCUUGAUACUCUUAAAAUACAAAACGCAUUGGCCAGAGGACGUUAUGGAACAGUAUACCUUGGUAGUCUGAAUGAUCAAAGUGUUGCUGUUAAAAUCUUUUCCUACCAAAAUCGACAGCAUUUCCUGAAUGAGAGAGAUAUAUACACUCUUCCUCAUAUGAAUCAUGCAUCACUUCCAAAAUAUAUAGGUUCCGAAGAGCGUACAGGUGACGAUGGCAGACCUGAAUAUCUGCUUGUUGUAUCAUUUUCUCCCAUCGGUUGUCUUCAAGAUUAUCUGCGAGAAAAUGUAAUAGAUUGGAAUCAGCUUUGCAAGAUGACGUUAUCAAUUACCCGUGGACUUGCCCAUUUACAUACUGAGUUUAAAAGUGGUGACAAAUUCAAACCUUGUAUUGCACACAGAGAUGUUACCUCUCGCAACAUUAUAGUAAAGCCAGAUGGUACCUGCAUGCUAUGUGAUUUUGGCUUUGCAAUCCGUUUAUGUGGCUCAAAAUAUAUUUUGAAUGGAGAAGAACAAGUUGCUGAAGAAACAUCACUGGCUGAUGUUGGAACUUUAAGGUAUAUGGCUCCAGAAAUUUUGGAAGGAGCUGUAAAUCUUCGAGAUUGUGAAUCUUCGCUAAAACAAACUGAUGUGUAUGCUCUGGGGUUGGUCAUAUGGGAAAUUGCAAGCAGAUGUUCUGAUCUUUUCCAAGGGGUAGAAGUUCCACCUUACAAACAGCCAUUUGAAGCUGAAAUUGGACUUGAUCCUACCAUGGAGCAGAUGCAGUCCCUUGUAGCUAAACUCAAAGCACGACCUUUAUUCCCUGACAUUUGGAAAGGAACUAAUCCAGCUAUUCGUUCUCUGAAAGAAACUAUUGAGGACUGUUGGGAUCAAGAUGCAGAAGCCAGAUUAACUACAUUAUGUGUUAAAGAACGGCUUAUGGAGCUUCCUGUUUUAUGGGAGCGUUACAAAGCGGGACUUGGCAUUCCUGGAGGAAUUAGCCCAACAUUAAAUUCUACAGUUGACCUUCAUGAAUCAUCAAACUUGCAAAAAAAAUCUUGCACUGACAGUGAUCUUGGUUUAGAUAUAACUGAUCAAGACCAGCUGAUUAUACCUCAACAAAGAACCAACAGUGUAUCAGAAUGCACUACUGAGACACUUCUUUCCCCUUCUGAUACGAAUUUGAAGAAUUUUUUAAAUAGCAAUGAUUCUUCUGUCACAAAAGUUUCUGUUCCGUUGCAACCCCACCAAGGUCGUAAUCCAUGCUUGGCGAGGAAUCUUCUGCAAGAGCAAUCAGAUGACCUGCCAAUCAUUGGCAAUGUUUUGCAUGAUGAAAAUUCAAAAUAUAUCUCAGAUAACAAAAUUUAUUCCUUUUCUGAUGGUGAUGCAAAUAUAUUCAGUGUACCUAAUGGCAUGCAAAGUAGCUUGCUUGCCUCAAGUGAUUGUAUCAACCAUUCCAGGGUUUGUAACCCCAUUCCGUAUGUCCAGAACCAUAUUAAUUUCCCCAGCAUCAUUCCUAAGCAACCAAACAUACCAGCAAACAUGGGCUCUAAAGACUUGUUCAAGAAGGAUGAAAAGCGUUGGGGUCCAUUUCGUUAUUUUGGCAGAAAAACUGCUAAAGACAGCAUUAGAGCUGGAUUAAAGAUACUUCUGGAUCGUAAAACAUCUAUGAGCAAUGGUUAUUUACCUGAAGAACAGCAGCCGUUGAAGAAUUCAAGCAUUUCAUCACCUAUUUCACCAAGUGAAUCAAAUAUAAAACAUGGACAGAUAAAUCCUGUGAACUCAUUUUGGACUUGUAAUGAAGUUAGAGAAACAGAUCAUACUGUGAACAGAGAAGGUAAAAUUUCAAAGCCAGAAGGCUCAGUUCCUUUAGUGAGACCAUUGAACAACAAUCCUGAAAAAGUUGAAGGCCAGAAAAAUAUUUUAGAGAAUGAUAGUCAUCUUCUUAAUGGGUAUGCAGUAGUAAUUGAUGAUAAAGAAAAUAACCACAAUGUUUCACCUGAUUUUACUACAGAAAACAAAAUAAAGCCAGAAGAAAGAGAAAAAUCAAAACGUCCUACCACACUACCUGUUCAGUCAUUCAGCGAUGACCAAGAUGAUGAGGAGUUGUUGGAAAUUUCGAAUAUGGACAUCUCAAAGGAAUCUGUUAAUGAGCAGGUCCUCCAGCAAGAAAAAACAAAUAAUAAAACUGUAGCAAUUCGACGUAAGGGGAGUGGAAAUAAACGUAAAGGAGUGAAACGUGUGAAAACACCUUUUGAGAUCAAGGGCAGGUUUUCCUUGUAUGAUGACAGAAUCAUGUCAUCUCAGGAAUUACCCACUGGAGUUAUUGAUUGUACUUCUCAUGUGAUGCAGUCUCAGCUAGAUAAUACUAAAUUUUCUGCUUCUGUUCCAUUGAAUAUGAAUACUCUUUGUUUAACUUCUCAGGCAUCUAGUACCGUGCCAUUGGACCAAACAAAAGAAACGGAAUGUCAGAAAGCUGACGAGGACAGACCAUUAAAUGUUUCAGUUGCACCCGUCAACUGUCAUGGUCAUCAAAAUAUAAUUUCAUUGUGUGACAUUUGAAAGAGUAGUGAUAUACAGUUUCCAUUUUUAUCUGUGAAGUGAAUUUUUUCAGUCUCUAUUUCAUUUUUUCAAAAACUGCAUUUGCUAGAUGCAUAUGUUCUAUUUUCCAAUUAUUCUAAGCUGAAGCAUCUUUUCUUUUACCCACAAUGAUGGAGAAUUAUUGAGUAUGCAUUCUGAUAUACACUAAAGUUUAAAUGUUCUGUUUUAAAUAAUGUGUGUGUUCAUUUUAUGAAGAAUGUAGAGAUAAAAAGGAAAUAGUUCGCAUACAUUUUUUGAAACUCUGAACUGCAAAUUAGAUUUGCUCCAGUUUUGAAUUUCACUGAGCCAUUUUUAAUGAUAAAUCAUUUCCCCCCAAUGUAUCAAAAAAGUAGUAUAAAGGAAAGAUCUUAUUGGUACUCAUUUUUGUUCAUCAAGUAAACCAGUUGCCAUUUUAAAUACUUCUAAAGCAUUCCCUAAAACUUUGAUUAACAAGGAACUUUUAUGGAAGGAAUAUGUUUUUACUAUUGAUGCAUCUUAAGGGAACAGUACUCUACCUCGAAUUGUGUUAUGUGUUACAAAUAUUAUUUGUCUCAUUUGAAUGUACUUUUCCAUUUUCUAGUGUAAUGUAAAAGAUUGGUUGCAAAAUUUUUUCAUUGAAGUUUUACACCAGCUUUUGUCAAGCUGUUAAUUCCUGAGUGAAAAAGAGAAGUGUACGUCAUUUCAUUUUAGUUGAAGAUCAGUUAACGUUCAAUUUUCUAAACAGUACAACAUCAUGAAAUAAAAUAAAUGACAUAAAUAUGUUCCAGUUGUGAUUGCAAAGGGCUGAAGGACUACUUAGAGAAAAAAAAAAGUUUAAUGGUGCUUCUUUAUUUUCUAUAAAAUUAAAAUUUCACUAUCCUCCCCAAAAAUGUGCACAACAUGCCUGAAAUCUUUACUAAACUAGUAAAGCAUUUAAUGUGCCAACAUGGAUGUAGUUGUAAUUAUUAGAUAAUUUUUUUAUUUAUUUGAUAUGUGACAAAAUUAUACAACUAUGUUAAUUUCACUAUUAUUAAGAGUUUCAGUCAGCUGAUUUACAUGGCUUCAGUACCUAGAAUGAUGUUAGUGUUUACUUACUGAAGAACUUUAUUUUGAUUAAUAUUUCUUUCAUACACAUAUGCUUUUAACAGUGCUUUCAAAUAUACAUUAUGUAUGUAGACGUAUGGACUUACUACUGCAUUGGAAAAGUACUAAACUGAAGCUACAUAAAAUGUGGUACAUCAAAAGAAUGAAGGAAUAGUUUUUAAUAAGUAGACUUUUUUAUAACAUUUUAUUCUACCUUAAGAAUCAUUAAUUUAAAUUGUUAAUAAACAGUUUGUGAAUACCUUAGUCUAAUAUGUAGUUUUGGAUAUUUAUGAUGGGUCUUAAUGAAAUAAGUUUUUAUCAAGUACUUUUAAAGUUGCCUGUAUCCGUAAAAAUGUAAGAUUUUUUAUUUUUGGGUUAAAUUUCUAAAUUUUAUAAUAAAUUAGAGCAUUGAAAAAACUCUUGACAUAGUAUGUAACUUAUGUAUUCAAUAGCAUUUAUACGUGUCUGAUCUUUAAAUUUUAAAAAAUGGUAAAAAUAUAUCUUUAAAUGAUAAAUAUUCAUUUUGUCAUAUUUCUUUAUUUUCAGAUUUUUUCUGUUAUAACUUACAAAGCAAUUAUUAAAGAGUAGUUCGAAUUUGUUAUAUUAAAUCAAAGAUAGAUCUGUGGACUAGUUUUGAUUUUAAAAAAGAAAAAGAAUGUAACUAAUGCCUUAAAUUAGAUGAUUAAAUUUGAAAUUAUAAAAUUAUAUAUAUUUAUGAAACAAUGUUAUCUGUGUGAAAUAAUUUAAAGACACCUUACAACUAUCCCUCAGUUUUUCUCUAUUCAUUAUGAAUCAAAUAUUGAAUCUGCAUUACUUUAAUUAAAACAUGCUGAUUUCUUAAAGACAUUUUCUUUUGUAAAAUAGGAAAUUGAAAAUUGAACUGUAUAUCAUGGUUAGUAAUUGUACAGUAUUGUUAAGUUAUGCAUCGUAUUAAAUCUCAUAGUUUAUAGUUUAGCCUUUAUUCUUUAUUUUUGAAAAUAUGUGUUUCUGUUUUAUGGAAAACACUAAAUAUCACAUAUUUAGUGCUUGUCAGGAAUAAAAGAGAUAAUAAUAAAAUUUAGCCAUGCUGCAAAAAUGUUUAGCACUACAUCAAAGUAUUGCAUAAUUUCUUCAGAUUUUUCUUUGUGAGUCAUUUAUUUAAUUAUUUUGAGAGAGGAAGGGGCAGUGUUAUCUGUGAAGAAAUUUUUCUUGAAUAUGAGAGAAAAAUAUCAUCCUUGUUCUCAAAAUUAUGAAUUUACUCUGAUCAUUUCUGAACAUAAUCCCAGGUUAGAGGUAGUACAAUGCAAAGUAUUAUCAAGUCAAUGGAUUGUGAGCAUUAACAUCUUUCCUCUUAAGCUUUUGAUAAACUGUGACUGUCAUAUUUCUAAUAGGUAUAGUGAAUCAUAAAUCAUAAAAUCUCUAAGGAGCUGACUUUCAUGAGAAUAAAAUAGCAAUUUCGGAAUAUUUCAAACUGGGAAUGCUCUGCUUGCAAAGAAAUCAAUGAAAAUAAUCAUCUUUAUGUAAAAAAUCAAUAAUUAAAUUAAAACUUAGUUACCAUAUUUUGUUAUUUUAGAAUAAUACUAAUUACUUUUAAAUCAGUUUUUAGUCUAAUAUGAUUAUAGAAAAGCCAAGUACUCAGUUUCAAGAAAUGAUAUAAUAGUUUAAUUAUCAUGGUUCAUAAACUCAAAUAUUCAAUAACUUUGGGAUAGUUGUGAAUUUUAAAUUGCUUUUUAUAUUUUGAAAGUGUUUUUGUUUAAUUUGAAUAUUAAUUCUGUAAAAAAUCAGUUUCUUCUUAUUAUUAUAUCUAAAAUCGUUCUACUGUGAUAAUUCUUAAAAAAUAUUUACCAAAAAGAAUUUCUGUAACAUUUGUACUCGUUAUAUAUUUCUUGUGCAAUGGAAUGAGAAUAUACUUAAUCCAGUAAUUUUAUCAGAGUUUCAUUUUCCAUUUGGAAUUAUAAGAUGUUAAAAUACUAUUAUGAAAAAGUAAUAUGGAGUAUCUAUAUAGAAGAAAAAUUUAGGAUAGAUUUAGGAAGAAAUGUAAAACUUAAGUUUCAGAUAAUAUACAUACGGAAAUAGUAUGUAUAAAUUAGAUAUACAUACAUAAAUAGAUGUAUAAAUUUUUAUUUCAUUAAUGAUACUGAAAGUGAUUAAAAACUGGCUGUGUAAGUUACAUUGAAUUAUGCUUCCCGGUGUUUAAAUAGUUAUAAAAUAAUAAAAACUUUUUUAAUCUUUAUAAAUAAAUUCUUUUACUUCCAUGAUAUUAAAAGUUACAAGUAUAAGAUUUUAGCUGGAUGUUGUAACUCACUUAAUAGUGAGAUAAACUAUUUUUGUUAAUAAGGUUUUUAUUAUUAAAUAUAUGUGAGAGGAGGUUAGAAGUGAGUGCAAAUUACCAAAUGCUUGUUAACUGUUUUGUAAACUAAGUAUGUACUACACAAGUUCUUGAUGUUUCAAUGUUAUACAAUGUUUAUUGUUGAAGUAAGAUCAUGGCUUAUUUUACUUUGCAAUUUAAGGUACAAGAAAAAUAAUGUAUAAUAGUAUGUUUUCCAUAUAAUAUCACGGCUAAAUUUCUCAGUUUGUAUUUAAAUGAAGCAACAGCUGAUGAUCUAAAUACAAUGUAAAGGGAAAAUAAACUAUGUAAGGUGCAGUAUAUGGCAUGGUACAUUAAAAAAUGUAAUCUGAAAUUUAUUCACUAAUAAAUUUUACUAAUUUUUCUUAUAUAGGUGCAGAAGAGGUAUUUAGUACAACCUCUUUGGAGUAGUUAGAUGUUUUUUACAAAAGAAAAACAUUCGUGGCUUACAAAUUACAUGACAUGCAAAAAAAUUAUUUGUUACAUAUAUAUAUUUAAUAUUUGAAUUGUUUACCCUAAAAAUCGAUUGUCUUACUUGCAAGCGAACAUUUGUUUCUUUUCUUGCAAAGGAAAUUUCAUAGUAUAAUUAGAGAUUUUGUGGCAAAGUAAUGUAUUAUUGCAAAAAUCUUACACAGUUUUUUCCCCAUUGUUGGUAAAUCCCAUAUUUUAAAACAAAAAAUAUCAUGAUAUGUCUAUGAAAACGAUUUGAACUAGGACUAUAACAAAAAGAAUCCAUUAAAAUAGUGACAUUACUAUUGAAACUGAAGAAUUGUAUGUGCAUGGUUGCCAGAGUUUUGAAACUUCUGCUAAAGUGGUUGAGUUAAUAUGUAAACACCAUACAGGAUUCAUAAUCUAUUGAUCUUGUGUAAUUUCAUAUACCUGUACUCUCAUAUAUAUAUAUAUAUAUAUAUAUGUGUGUGUGUGUGUGUAUCUUUUCCCCUUCUCAUAAUAUUUGUCACAUAUAGAAUAAAAGAAAAUAAUGGUUUAUAUACUUUUUUUCAUGUAUAGAUUUUAACUAUUAUGAAAUUAAACACAUUUAUGGUACCUUUAUAAGGUGAUAGAAUCAUGUUUUAAAAUCAGCUCAUAAAAUGUAUAUUGAGAGAAAAUAUGAAGAUAUGGAGAAGCUUUUCCAUUUUUCAAGAAAGUCUAUGAUCCAAGAUCUGUCAUUAAUUCUUCUACAACACUAAUCUUGCAAAGGGGUUUUGCCAUUCUUCAAGAAACCCUUAGUACAUGAUCCAAAAUCUGUUAUCCCUCUACAUAACUAAGCUUUCAAUGAUUAUAUUAUAUUCGAAUGUAGUAUUACUAUGUGCAGUGUUGUUGUCAUUAAUGUGGAAUAUUAAAAGUUUUUGUAAUUUUUACUGAAUGCUUCAAACUAGUAUUGACACCUAUCUUAGUUUGAGCUUUUAUUAAAAUUUGUAUGUUCCUGAAUAAUUGUGCUGAUAAUGCACUUUUAAUUAAUUAAUACGUUAUGUAAAGAAAUCUCAGUACUUAUUUUACUAUAUUGAAUAAUUCAGUAGUUAUUUCUUUAACUCUUUCGCAUUGGUAAAGGCCAAAAACUGCUUCCCUCAAAUAACUGAAAUGCUUGUAUAUCUGUAUUUUUGUUGGAAUUGACUUCCUUCCCCCAUGACAAUUAGAAUGUUAAACUGCUAACAAUAACCUGCUUAAGUAAAUCUUGAUACACUUGUGCACUGUGUGCAGUUCCCCCUUUAGACAGGACUCCAACUUCGGGAAUCAAUAGCUAAACAUUGACACUGCACAAAGGAGAAGGAAGGUGCAUUCAUAUAACAGAACUACUUUUAGUUGCUUCAAAAGAAUGAUUGUCAUGUCUGGAAAGCAGUGAGCCAUGCGCUAACAUGAUGGGGAAAAGCACCAUGUACAAAAUGAGUCAGGCGUUCGAACAACCUGCCGAUGCCUGAAUGAUCGAGCUACUUCUGUGUGGAAGGGUUAAAUAUAUAUGUAUUUAUGAAUAAUCAUUAUCAUUCUGAGUUAUUGAAAAAUUUUAUCUUGCCAUAAAUCAUCUCUCUUUUAUGAGUGUGUAGAAUGUUAAUUUUGAAAAAAAAAAAAAAAAAAAGCAUCUGAUUUUUAAUUAUUAUUCAUUAAUAAAGCAUAUGUAAUAUUUACAUUUUCAUAUGCUGCAAUCAUACAUACUUUCUUAAAUUUUGUAAAGUACUACUAAAAUACGCUAUUUAAAAUUAAUAUUGCCCAUAUUUUUCAUUCAGGUAGUACUUAAUUUGAUGAAUUGAUGCUAUACUUCACUACCACUUGUUAAAUAUCCAGAUUUAAUAUGUGCUAAGAAAACAAAUCAGCCACAUUGUAUUUCAAAUAAUUGCUUGUGCGUGAGCUAAAUUACUAAGAAUUUAUUUUAUAUUCAUACAUUUACUAAGAUAAUAAAUAAUUUUAUAUUACAAAAUCAAUCAAUAUUAAGAGAUUUUAUAAUUUUCAUUUUAUCAAAAUCGUUUUCCUUAGUAUUGAUCUAAAUGGAGGAGGUAACUUGUGGCAUAUUUUAUUAGUAUGAAUAAUAUUCAAUAAAUUCUAAAAUCUAAUGAUUUUUUUUAAUGCAACCAAGUUUUCUUUGAAAAAGUAUAUGUGUGUUGUGUGCAUCUAUCAUUUUUCUACCCUGGCUCCAUCAAUAUUAAUGUAUUUAGUCAACUUUGAUAGUUGCAAAGAAGGCAUUUUCACCUUUGUAGAAAUAAUAUUCUAGGCUCCCAUCAUUGUGAAUUUGAUGUCUUCAUAAGUACUUUCUCCUGCAGUGGAUCUCUGUUUCAUACUUAUUGUUAUAAAAGUGAUUUAUUAUAACUUACAAUUUCUCAAAAAACUCUUGCUUUUAAUUGUUCUUCGUAAGUGUCCGAGAUUUCUAGACCAUCAUAAAUAACAUCCGAGAUAUUGUCUUUUAUAUCGGAUAAUUUUUCCAAACCCGGUGCUAAUUUUUAGUUUUGUAACAAGCUGAAAAAUUGGUAUACGCCUGUAACUGUGGUUUCAGUCUGCAAAACGUUAGUGACGAUACUUGAGCAAGACUUGGCAUCUCUUAAUGAGGUAGCAUAUAGAGAGAGAUAAACUACAUAUAUGCAUUUUUCAUACAGUCUUGGCUAUAAUUACCAGAUGUCUGCAAUUAUGUCAUGGCCCGAAAAAAGUCUGGAAUUUUUUAGGAAUAGCUAUGAGAAAGUUUUUAAAUUGUUAUUAAUUUAUACAACGAAAACAAGCCUGUGACAGAGUAAUGUUUUUAUUGCGAUACAGAUAUUUUGGGAUAAAUCAAGUAAUUUGGGAGAUUAUAGUGGGUUAUUUCAUAACAUACCAUAUUAUCUCCAUCUUCAUAUCUUGCUAUGUUAGACUUCUUACAGGUUUGUAAUAUAUAUUAUUACAGACCAAAUGCUGGAAUUCAGAAGGUUUGGCAAACCAUUUAUUAGUAUUUAAUUGUAAUAUUUUUCUAGGUAAUUGAUCACUGUUUAGUAGAUUCAGGUAGUUAAUUUGUAUUUGCAUUAUUUGAAAAUCCUACUCUUUGUAGAUCUGCUGCAAAAUGUAUUCAGUAAUUUGCCGAUUGUAUUCUUUGCUUUAACAUUUAUUUCUCCAUACCAACUUUAAUUUCUUAUGCAUGGCUCUGUAUUUUAUAAAUUGUCUUUCUUAGACAUAAGAAUUUAUUUUUCAUAAACUGUCCUGAAUUUUCUUUCAGAAAAUGUGGUAACCAUUGUCAUGGAUGGCUCAUGCUGUUCCUUCCUCAAUCAAAAUUCAAAAAGGCAAUGUUUGACAUGAUCUCUGUCAUCAAACAUUGUCACCUUACCAAUUUCAACAUAAGCCACCAUAAAAAGUACUUAGAUGGUUGCAUUAAAUAGAGAAGGAUGUGUAAUAUCUAGAUAUUGUUUCUAACCAUAUUGCCCUAUAUAGUAACCAUACUUGAGAAUUUAUUAAAUGUCCCUUAUGUGGAUUUUAUACUAGUAGUUUUCAACAGAUAUAUGACAACAUGCAAGUUUGAGCACAAACAAAAAUAUGCAUUUGCAGUUUGGACCGUUUUAUUUAUGAAAUAGGGUUGAUGGGGACAAUUUGCAAGAUUAGAGUGUAUAAUCUACUGAACUAUCAUACUGGGCUUCACUACCAUGUUUUCCUAGAUUAAUAACCCCAUUGGGCAAGUCGAAAUCCUUCAGCAGGAUGCCUCGUGAGGUUGCUUUAGCGGCAGUAAUAACAAUUCAAAAAUCUCUAAAUCUUUCUUGUAUGAAUGUAACUGUAAAUUUAGCCGUGAUCAAGAAGAAUACUGUAUUAAGUAAUGUACAGAAAUCUCAUCGAUAAUAUUUAAUCUCAACAUUAAAUGUAUGAUUGUCAGUUUACUUACUGUGUAUCGUUAUAAAUAUAAUGGAUGUCUCUUUUUCAUUCAAUCUUACACAUAACGCACAAGAUGAGACAGUAUGAUAUUCAAGUUAGUUUUGACUGGUAUCAAGUUUAUGAUAUUUUGUAGUAGUACAAACUGAUGCUCAUCUGAAUAUUUUUCAUUUUAAACAUAAAUCGUUUGUGAUUGUGGUACACAUGCUUUGUUAUUUUGCUCUUUUUUUUAUGUUGUUGUACAGUCAUCAGAACAAAAGUGUUGUCAUUAUAUAGCUUAAUCAUGUAAUUAUCUGUAGUAAUAAAAUCAGUUGUAACAAAAAA